GGUGCGCCAUUCUAUGAUUGUUUGAGCUGCCCAAACAAAUUCUACUCGGAGUUGAGGUAACUGUGUUUCUUUCAUCUCUUCUUCUAUUUUCUCUUUUUCUCGUUGGAAUGUGUUGUUGCUGUAACUGGAGCAGUGGAGUGUGUGCGUGGAGGAUGUGGUUGCCGGUGGUGGCAGGCGGCGGCUGAAGGAAGGAGGAGAAUAGAUCAUUUUAUAUAUUUGCAUAUCGGGCGACGAAGUAAUUGUACGGAGAAGUCUCGCAGCAGAGGAUUCUGUUCGCGUGAUUCUUUGCUUGAGUUUUUACUCAAAAGUUUCAGCGUCAAUUUCGGCAUCUCGCAAUUGACAGAGGCCGAGUCGGCCAACCCACGGCCGGCGACAGAGGAAUUGAAGGGGGAAGGUGGCGGCGGGGGAAUUAUGAUAUUGAGGAAUAAGUCUGCAAGGAUCUAUGUCGAGUCGCCACGGUCUCCCGCUCGAAGAUGUUAAAAUGUGUGUUGGUGUUGUGGGAAGUGGCCAAAUGGGUUCGGGAAUCGCACAGCUCGCAGCAGUGAAUGGCUGUGAGGUGUGGCUUCAUGACUCCGACUCUGUGGCUCUCUCAAAAGCACGUGAAUCUAUCUCCUCGAGAAUCGAAAACAUGGUCCUCAAAGGCCAUCUCACUAAGGAAAAAGGCGCUGAAGCUAUAAGGAACUUGAGGUUUACUUCAAAUAUUGAGGAUUUUCACUCUGCGGAUAUGGUAAUUGAGGCCAUUGUGGAGUCGGAGGAUGUGAAGAAGAAGUUGUUUAUUCAAUUAGACAACAUUGUUAAAAGUUCGUGUAUCUUGGCAUCAAACACCAGCUCAAUCUCAAUUACUAGAUUAGCUUCUGUGACCAGCCGGCCAAGCCAGGUUAUAGGCAUGCAUUUUAUGAAUCCUCCACCCGUUAUGAAACUAGUUGAGAUAAUUCGAGGACAUAGUACAUCAGAUGAUACAUUCAAUGCCACAAAAUUGUUGGCAGAGAGGUUUGGCAAGAAGAUUGUUUGUUCCCAGGAUUUCUCCGGCUUCAUUGUAAAUCGUAUUCUAAUGCCGAUGAUAAAUGAAGCAUUUUAUGCACUGUACACGGGUGUGGCAACGAAGGAGGACAUCGAUGCAGGAAUGAAGCUGGGAACAAACCAUCCGAUGGGUCCGUUGGAACUCGCUGAUCACAUCGGACUCGAUGUUUGCUUGUCAAUAAUGAAAGUCCUCCAUGCGGGCUUAGGGGAGAGUAAGUAUCUGCCCUGCCCUUUGCUCACGCAGUACGUCGACGCCGGUCGCCUUGGUAGGAAGAAGGGCGUCGGUGUGUACAAUUACAGUAAAAUGUGAAGAGUUCUUCUCUGCAACUCUAGGGAUCUCAGCUCUGCCUUGUUAGUGAUCAAAAAUGUAGAUUCAAUAAUAGGUGUUGUUGUCCCAUGUGGUUAUCUCUUCUGCUUAAAAAUGUGUACGAGCUGAAAAUUUGUUUUGCAAUAAUACAGAAAGAAACUUAUAAGAAAGCAACGGAUGUAAGUGUACGUUUAGACAAGAACUACAUUGUAUUAUGUAUUUAUGUUUUACAUUUGAUUUAAAAAUUGAAGAGUAAAAUAAGAUGUUGCCAGAUCA